UUUGAGGAGUUAGUUCUUGGGAAGGAUUCUGAUGGAAAGCUUUCAGAGUUACAUAGUAAACCUUUGAAUAAGAAGAUUAAGUUCUCGUAUUCCGAUUCUUCUGAUAUCGACGAUGAUGAGGAUGAGGAAGAGGAGGACGAGGAGGAGAAGGAGACUGGAGCUGCUACUUCCAAAGAGGGUGGUGCUAGUAAUGAUAAUGCGAGAAGUGAGACACUAGAUCCUAAUAAACAUGAUGAUAGCUCUAACGAUGAAAAGGAGGGAGAAGCUAAUGACAAUAAAGAGGGUGAUAAAAGUCAUGAAAUAAAAGAGGCCGAGGAACCGCCGGCAAAGAAACAGUGUUCAGGAAAAGAUGCCCCGAAAGCGAUCCCCGACAAAGUGGAAGAAAAGUCCGUUGAUAAGCUAAUAGAAGCUGAAGUCAAGGAACUGGCAGAUAAGAGUAAGAGGCGAUUUUUCCACCUUGAUACUGGAUGUAACGGUGUCGUCUUCGUGCAAAUGCAGAAGAGAGAUGGGGAUCCUUGCCCCAAAGACAUUGUGCAGCAUAUUAUGACAUGUGCUGCUGCGACAAGGAAACACGUAUCAAGGUUUAUCUUGAGAAUCUUACCUAUUGAAUUAGCGUGCUAUGCUUCAGAGGAGGAGAUUUCAAAAGCCAUCGUACCUAUUGUGGAACAGUAUUUUCCCGUGGAAACUGAGAAUCCACAAAAGUUUGCAGUGCUGUAUGGAGCCCGUGCAAAUACUGGCAUUGACAGGAUGAAAAUAAUAGAUGCAGUUGCGAAAUCAGUUCCUAAACCGCAUAAAGUCGAUCUUAGCAAUCCUGAUAAGGCCAUUGUAGUCGAAAUUGUUAAG